GAACAAGGAGGUUGGGCCUUGACCCAAAAAGGGCGGGUUGAGUCUUGUUAAACCCGGCCCGGAUAAGAGAAAUCGGGAUACAAAUAGGUUCUUGGUUGCGUUCUCACUUUGUUCUUUCUCUCUGACUCGUCGGAAUCAACUGAACAAGGUUAGGGUGAAGAUAGAUAUGUCGUACCUGUUGCCUCACUUGCAUUCAGGAUGGGCUGUGGAUCAGGCAAUUCUUGCUGAAGAGGAGCGUCUCGUUGUCAUCCGCUUCGGCCACGAUUGGGAUGAGACUUGCAUGCAGAUGGAUGAGGUGCUGGCAUCAGUUGCAGAGACAAUAAAAAACUUUGCUGUGAUAUACCUUGUGGACAUCACGGAGGUGCCUGAUUUCAACACCAUGUAUGAGCUGUAUGACCCCUCCACGGUUAUGUUCUUCUUCAGGAACAAGCACAUUAUGAUAGACCUUGGAACUGGAAACAACAACAAGAUCAACUGGGCUAUGAAGGACAAGCAGGAGUUCAUUGACAUCAUUGAGACCAUCUACAGGGGUGCAAGGAAGGGACGUGGUCUCGUCAUUGCCCCCAAAGAUUACUCCACCAAGUACAGAUACUAAGAUAUCUCUUCCAAAAUCCUUAUGUAAAAGAAAAAUUAUCCUCUGAAUUUUUAUUCUGUAACAAAAUCUACUUUAAUACUUUAUCAUCCCUUAUGUUUCUUGUGCUCUAGUGUAACUGUCACUCGAAUGUGAACUUAUCUGUCACCGUAAACUAUGACUGCUAUGCUCUGUUCUAUUCAUGCACCAUCUUGGCUAGGUCGACUGAGAGAGAUAGAAUGAAGGGAAAUGUAAUGAAACAUGAUAAAAUGUUAUCUAUUCCCUUUUAUUUAAUACCUCACGAGUGAUGAUAUAUACACACCUCACUUUCUCUUC